AUGUCCCGAGUCAUGCUCUCCUCAUUAAUUUAUCUUCUAUUCAUAAUUCAAGCAUCUCUAUCGACUUAUAUUCAUCUGAUUGAUAAAACACCCUGUUGUCUUGACAGGAUAACGUCUGCAACUUGUCAACGGAUAAGACAGUCUGAUCACAUAAAGUUCCGGCAACGUUGUUCUAGAGAUGCUGAUUUUGCUUUGAUCCAGUGUUGUUCUACUUGUUUUGAUAGAAGAAACAGUAAUAGUUCUUCCUUGUACAAGCAAGUGACAUCUGAACAAUUACUGAAUCCUCAGAGUUCACCUUGUUGGGACCGCCGUGGACAAGAUUUUUGUACAAAACUCACACAAAGAAAAGGUUUUUGGGACACCUCGAAAUACAGUCACAUGGAUUGCGCGGUUUACCCUUUCGCCUUUAGAGAAUGUAGACAAUCCUGUGGAUACUGUUCAGCAGGAACUUAUAUUUCGAGAGUUCGUUAUGACUACGAAAGAGCUGUGAACCCUCGUCUCUGUGAUAUCAAGACUUACUUUACCCGGGAUGAAGAGGCGAUACUCUCUAAGAAAAAGACAGGUGUGUCAAAUAAUAUUGCACUGCAUUACUUUGAAUUUUCCCAGAUUUCGACCCCUUAG